CUAUUAUUUUUCAAAAACAUUGUUAGGUACUUUGAAAACUAGGUAAGAAAUUGAAAAUUAUUCAUUUGCUACACUGUGAGGAUACAUUUUACCUCUACGAAAUCAUGUUAAAUAUUUUGUACUUCUUUUUGUUCUGUCUGAGUUUAACAAAAUUAGUAAUAAGCAGAUCUGUGUCAGAAAGCAGUACAAAGCUACCAGUAACUUCUGCUGAAGAAUCAUUAUUGAACGAGAUUCACGAAAAAAAAAAUAAAACCCAUGAUGAGUCAGAGUUGCCAAUCAAGGAUGAAGACUCUGCCAGGGGUCCUGAGAAUAAUGAGCCAGAGUCGACAGUACUUCCAGUUGAAAAUUUACUAGAGAUGGUGCAGAUUGAGAUAAAAGAAUCAGAAGAUACGAAUAAAACGCAGUACUUCGAUUUGCUUACGCACCUCAAAGAACAACUCGGCGAAGAUGCCCAAAAAGUCAAGGUGCUUUUUAAGAAUGUUUGGAGAGUUGUUGACUUGGGAGUAAGAGGAAGCCCAAGACGUCAAAGAAGUGUAAUGACAAUCCAAGGCUUGCUUCAAUCUCUAAAAGAUCUUUGGAGAUGGUUUUGUCAUCGUAUUUUCUCAAUGACGACUUGGUACAAACCAUAUCACAACGAAAAAGAAAUCAACGAGUUGGAUAAAUUGGACCACGAAGCGAAAAGAAAACUUCUUGAAGCUCAUUCUGAAGAAAGAGAAAAUUAUUAUUCUACAACUCCACCUAAAGAAGAAAAGAAAGGUUAAUAUUAGUAGGUACUAUAUUCCUACCACCAUCAACAUAGACAAUAUACCAGAUACUUUUCAACUGUUCAUUCUACAUUUUAAUAAAAAAAACAACUGAAAAUCGUAGCAGCAGAAAAUACAUAGGUAACCA